AUGGCGCCGUCAGUGCCAUUCGGUGACAUCUUCCCAACAUUGCUGUGCUGUACCAAGCUUGUCGACAAUGCCCGGCUCUAUGACGUGAAGUUCUACCCUUACGCCACGACUGAUGACGAGCAAGUCUUUGCGGUCACCGGAUCCUCUCAUGUCUUCGUCUGUCGCGCAAACUUGGAAGGAGAUCCGCCAUUUGACGUGCUCAGAUGGUUCCGCAAUGAAACGAAAGGCGACUCCUUCAACAGCCUAGCAUGGACGAAGGACCCAAUCACCGGCAGUCCGCAAAUCUGCGUCGCCGGUGAGAAACCCAAGCAGAUCCAGAUCCUCGACGUAGUAUCCGGACAAUGCGUCCGGACGCUCGCUGGCCACGGCAACGAAAUCAACGACCUCGCCAUCUCCCCGCUCAACCCAAACUUACUCGCUUCCGCAUCAGCAGACUACACGAUCCGGCUCUGGCACCUCUCACCCGAAUACGAAGUCCAACCUUGCGUCGCCAUCUUCGCAGGCGAAGGCCACCGUCAACACGUGCUGGCCUGCCAUUUCCACCCAAACGGCAAAUGGAUGCUCACCGCCGGCGGCGACACUGCAGUCUGUCUCUGGGCCGUCCCCAACGAGAAAGAGCUCGACGACCAUCGCCAGCAGUCGAGCCGGCCCAGCCAUCCCAAUCCAAAAGUCGUUUACUACCCUCACUUCCAUUCCACGGAAGUUCACUCGCUUUACGUCGACAGCGUAGCUUUCUACGGCGACCUUAUCCUCUCCCGCUGCGCUCGCGACGCGGGUGCGAAGGAUAAAGCCAAUGAGAUCCUGCUGUGGCGAAUUGACGGCUUUCACUCCGACGACGAGCCGCCGGCCGAACCACCAAUCCCCACUCCGGGAGUGUGGACACGCUCGUCAUUUCAUCACGACAAGAGCUCAAGAGGCUUUCAGCGCCUGCUUACCUUCGACAUGCCAAGCACCUCGCGCUUUUACUCGCGCUUCGGCCUGCUACAUCGGAAGGGUAUGCGGCCGAUGCUCGCGAUGGGCAAUGAAGCGAGUAAGUACCUGUUCUGGGAUUUGCAGAAGUUGGAGGAAGGCUGGGAUCCGGAUGAAGACAAGAAUAAGGCCAAGAAGCCCAGAGGCAGAAAGAAGAUGGGCGCGAAUGCAGUCAACGCGACUGACCCAAGCUCCACAUCCAUUUCUGCGCCGCCUGAGCGCAAAUACGAUCUGAGCGACCCUUUCGUGCCGCUGAAAGCGCACCACUCCGUCAUCGCAGCCACUGCGCUUUCGGCACGUCGACAUUUCGGCACGAUGCAGGUUGCGUGGAGUCCUGAUGGGAAGUGGAUGGUUGGGGUAGGUGACUUCGGCAUGAUGUGUGUCUUCCAUCGGGACGUUGUGAGCUGAGAGAUAAGGCACGCAAUGCUGCAGUGCAUACUGAAAUGGCGAUGGAGCGGCUGGGGUCGUGCGCUUUUUGGAGCCGAACCUUGACGUCUCUCAACGUCCGGUGAAGAAGAGCUACCCUUAGCGCCGAUGGAGCUGAUUGUGGCGAUCUAGAUCUGCAGAGUUGGCGAACAUGCCGGGUGAGCGCGCGCAUGCAAUUUUGAAAGGGGAGGUACAAGCAUGGAGAGCCUGCGGUGUGCGUUGAUCGUAAAGCAAUGUAGCUCAAAAGUGGCGUACGCUUU